AGAUUUCGUAAACCAUAACUCAAAACCAUUUCCUUCCGUUUGUUUCUUUGGCACUUCAAACACUAGCAAAGCAGAAAACUCAAUUACCAAUUCACAGAAUAUAUUGUCAACAAUCUCCUUCAGCCUUUAGGGAUUUGACAUACUCCAUUCCUUUAUGAUUUUGCCUUUUUUCUUUUCUUUUUUUUAUAUUGUUAUCACAAUCCCAACAAUUUUUUGAUUCCUUCCCACUUCAAUCCUUGGCUUUUCUUCUUGAAGAAGGCAUUGGCAUCUUUUUUCUUCUAAUUGUAUUUAUAUCUCUCGCUCUCUCUUCUGGGAUCUUGUUUUCUUUGACGAUUGUAACAGACAACACCAAAUCGCCACAAAGCUCAGCACCCAAAACAGCCAUGAAGGUUUACCCCGUGCCCACAAAGAAGAGAAACAACAUUACCAUUCAAUAUUAUGGUAAUAACAAUAACAAUUUGAGAAACCCACAAAAUCUCUCAAUUGGGUUUCACAAGAAGCUCCGUCGCUUGCCUCAUAUCUUUACUCGGGUUCUUGAGCUUCCUUUCAGGUCCGAUGCUGACGUGGCUGUCGAGGAGAAGCCGGAUUGCUUCAAGUUCGUUGCCGAGACUGAUGGUUUCGGCGAAGUGAGGGCUCAUAUGAUCCAAAUUCAUCCUGGGGUUACUAAAAUCGUUGUUAGGCCAAAUGGGUCUGUGCAGUUGUCAUCGUUGGAUGAGUUGGAGCUGGAUAUGUGGCGGUUUCGGCUUCCAGAGACGACCCGACCUGAAUUGGCGAGUGCGGUUUAUGUGGAUGGGGAGCUGAUAGUGACAGUGCCGAAAGGUGGGGGCUUGGAGAGUCUGGAAGAGAGAGAGGGCGGUGGUCGUGGCGGUGGUGAAAACGGGGAUUUUAGAGGAGGUAUGGGAAACAAUAGGCUUGUGCUUGUACAGUGAUAUAUAGUGAUCUUGUUUGUGCUUUAAUUAUGUUUAUGGAACUUUUUAAUGUGGAACUUUAGCCUGCAAGUUUAGUAUGGCUUUUUAUGGUUAAUUUUGCUUCAAUGAAUCGGAAAUGUUGUUUUUUUCGCAUGAUAAUGGCAAUGGAAAUGAAGAUGGUUCUUCAGUUUA